AUGGAUGGUAAUGCCGUUUGGACUAUCCAAUGCACUGAGUACAUUCAUGCGCCUUAUGAACCAAGUGUUUUGGCCAUUCAUAGAAGUUAUACGCAAAUCCGAAGAAGUGUCAUUUUCUCACUGAUUGUGGCGUUUCUAGGUUAUAUAGUAUCAACAGAUGGGAUUAGAAUGGAUUUAGCCAAGAUUGAGGCAAUAACGAGUUGGCCGACACCGAAAAACAUUCAUGAUAUUCGGAGCUUUCAUGGGUUGGCAUCAUUUUAUAGAAGGUUCAUUCGGAAUUUCAGUACCAUUAUCGCGCCAAUUAUCGAAUGUUUGAAGGCUGGACGUUUUGUAUGGACCAAAGAAGCCAAAAAUGCCUUUCAACUUUUGAAAAGCAAGGUUAUAGAGGCUUCAGUUUUGGUGCUAGCAAACUUUGGAGAGGUAUUUGAGGUUCAUUGUGAUACUUCGAAUGUUGAGAUUAGGGAAGCAUUGAGCUAG